UUUAGACAGACAGAUUGAGAUUGAAGUUUCUAUACGAUUUGCAUUUCAUUCAUUUGUGAUUAAUUGUUAUAGUAUAAGAAUAUCUUAAUUUUCUUAAUAAGUACAAUGGCUGGAAUCAAAGGUUUGGUGUCUUUGGCAUUUGCUGGUUCCAUUGGUAUGACAUUUGUUAUACUAGCGUGUGCUCUACCUCAGUUCAAAUUAUGGUGGCCAUUUUUUGUGGUGAUUUUCUACAUUCUGUGUCCAAUUCCAACAAUGAUUGCCCGUCGUCACACAGAUAGUGCGGGUGGCACCAACAACUCUUGUAUGGAGACUGCUAUUUUCAUCACCAUGGGCAUCAUUGUUAGCUCUUUUGCACUACCCAUUGUGCUGGCUCGAGCUACUGUGAUAUUAUGGCCCGCAUGCUACCUGACAUUGGCGGGCAAUGUGAUUGUUUACUUGACUAUCAUCGGUUUCUUCACAAUUUUCGACAUGGAAGAUUCAGAUUAUGCGAUGUGGUGAGAAAUAUAAAAACAUCCUUAUUCCUUGGAUCAAAACAGAGACAAUCAGCUGAUUUUUGUAUAACAUUGUGGUUUGUCUACAUAAGUCUGAAAUUAUGAUACUGAUAGUGUUUUUUAAAAUUGAUGUUAAGUAUAUCCAAUGCCUUCAAAUGUUGUUUGUAAUAUUGAAGUAGGUGGAUACGAUUUGCAUCUAUUAAAAUUUGCUUAUGCGAAAUUGAGGUAUGCUUAAUACAUACUGUAAAACCAGAUUAGAUUGGAUCAGUGUAAAAUAAACUCGUUU